UGCCAAAUAUAAGAAUAACGCGAUCCGUUCUCUAAUUCUUGGUUCUACUCAAAACGGAACUCUUCAUUCAAUCAUUGAACAACUCUAAUCGUAAAUGCCCCUUGGUUUCAGCAACUUUUACUUACCAAGACAACGGUAAUAAAACAAGACGAAAGGGCAUCCUCGUCACUUUGUUGGACUUGAGGUGAUUAGAUUAGCUCAAGUCAUGUUGCAUGGUAUGCAUGUGCAUUUUGGUAAUUAAAUCAUCGAGCAACUUGUAUAUAGAGAGUUAGAGACAUCAUUUCCGCCAACUUGCAACCUCAUCAGGCUCGGCUCUCUUUUCUUCUUCUUCUUCAUCAUCAUCACCUUCUUUGUUCUACAAACUACAAUGGAGGGAGAUGAUCACAAAGAAUUACAACUACUCUCUGCUGCAUCCUCCUCAGCACGUAUUUCAGCAUGGAUGUCGGAUUCUUCCAAUCCGAGGUCGAGACUGACGGUCUCUGAUCCUUUUGACGGGCCAUCACUUGACCUGCAAUUGUCAAUCAGCGUCCGACCAUUUCCGCCACAAUCAGAUUAUCUCCUCGGUGGAGCCCUUCACGAAAGUGAUGCAAAUACUGACAUAAGCUGUGUUCAGGCUUUGAAAUAUCAGGCUGCAGAGCAAAUUCGAUUAGCUGCCAUGGAGAAGGCGUAUGCAGAGCGAGUGAGGGAGCUGACGAGGCGGGAGAUGGAGUUGGCACAGUCGGAAUUUGCGCGGGCAAGGACCUUGUGGGAGAGGGCACGGGAGGAGGUGGAAAAGGCUGAGAGGAUGAAGGAUAGGGCAACCCGCCAGAUAGAUUCUACGUGCAUGGAGAUCACUUGCCAGGCUUGCCGCCAGCGAUUCCGACCCUAGUGUGAACAGUGGAUGGUGGACUUUCUGGCUUGCUCUUGGCUCAAAAGAAGGGCAAGACCUGUGCACUUUUCAUCCCGCUGAAGACAGUCUUUCACUAUCGUCCCCCCCACUCACCUGUAUUGCAGUUGCAAACUGGUUUGAGCCAGUUUUUUUUUUUUUUUUUCCGGGGUCCCUCCAAGGCUCCAAGCCAAGCCAAGAAAGUAGCCUAAGACCAGUAAGACGCUAAAAUAAAUACGCAAAACAGAGAGAGAGAGAGAGAGAGAGAGAGCAAAUAAAAUGGCAAUAUCAUUUCACAAUUCCAUUCCCAACAUGACCUGUUAUAAGCCUAUAAUGAAUAAAAAAGAUUGUAGACUUUUCUUUU